CCCGAAGCGACGAUGGAUCGUAUGAUGAUAAGGCUGAUAAAGCGACGACGUUCAACGUUGGUCGACACAAACCUAUCCCAUGCAGAGGAUUUGGAAUAGUAGGAGGUAAUGCGACGAACUAAUUCCAAGAAAUUAAAUUUUGAUUCGCUUGAUUUGAUUCAAUUUGAUCGAUCCUGAGAGACUAAGCUAUGAAGGCGGCUGUUUACAAGAAUUUCAAUGAGCCGAUUGAAAUUUUGACCGUGCCCAAGCCGAAACUCUCCUCCUCGACCUCUGUCAUAGUUCAGGUGAUGGCUACCGGCGUUUGCCGAUCGGACUGGCACGGUUGGAAAGGACACGACGACGACAUCAAAUCACACGGAUUUCCCUUCAUACCAGGACACGAACUCAGCGGCAUUAUCGUCAAAACCGGUCGGUCCGUGAACAAACUGCGAACUGGCGAUCGCGUUGCCAUUCCAUUCAUUCUGUCCUGUGGCUCCUGUGCCGAGUGYCAUGUCGGCAAACCAACGGUUUGUUUGAAACAAGAACAGCCCGGUUUCACCAUGCUUGGAAGUUUCGCUGAGUUUGUCGAGAUCAAACGAGCGGAUCGGAAUCURCGAAUUUUGCCGAAGGGCGUCAGUUUCGUGGAAGCUGCUGCUCUCGGAUGUAGGUUUACMACCGCAUAUCGAGCUGUCAUUCAGCAAGGAUUGGGAAUGCGGAACAAAAAUCGUCCGAACGAUUUUCGUGGCUCGUCCAACAAAAUAACAGCUUGCGUAUUCGGKUGCGGUGGGUUAGGACUUUCUUGCAUUAUGAUUGCGGAAGCAUUUCGUGAGGAGGGAAACAUAGAAUCRAUCAUUGCAGUGGAUGUAUCCGACAAGGCAUUAGACAAAGCUCUUACGCUUGGUGCGGAUCGUGCCGUAAACGUGAAAUCACUGGGCAUGAAGGACGACGCUGUUCGAAUGAAAGUCAUGGAAUACACGAACGGUUUGGGAGCCGACUUGACCAUUGAUGCUGCAGGGUUCGCAUCCACGUGCGAAAAUGCUGUCCAUACCUGCAGGCGCGGAGGGAGGAUGRUUCAGGUAGGGCUCCCGAUUGGUGGUCGUCCGCCCCAGAUACCGAUGGGAGCCGUCGCGGGCAAAGAGCUUGAGAUCGUUGGCUCUCAUGGUUUCGCUGCUACCGAGUUGCCCGAUCUGCUCGGCUUUGUAGAAAGCGGAAAACUCCGGGUGAGGCAACUCGUCGAAAAGGAGGUCAAUCUGAGGGAGGGCAUAGAGGCACUAAUGGCAAUGGACCGUCAGAGUCCUCUCGGUAUAACAGUCAUCACAAGAUUCGAUGAUACAAGUCGGCUUUGAAGACAAUUAGCUGAAGGAGUUUGCGAAACSAWUGCGUGCAUGUGUAGUUGUACUAGUAACCAACGAAGGAGUUUCAUUGUAACCAUCGCAUUGACUGGUACUUAAAUUCUUUUCAAGUGGGGCAUUCUUCAYUGAAAUCUUUGUGUUCCAACAAGAUGAAGAACCAUAGUAGUAACAACAGGACUACUACUACUAGCUACUAACUACUACUGUACUAGUACUACUGUCUCACAAAAUCAUUCCUUAUCCGUUGCAUAUAUUUGUGGAUUCAAUAAGCCCAUUGACUUCAU